AUACCCAUCCUCCAUUUGAAUUCUCUCGUAUCAUGGCUUUGAUAUGGCUUCUCAUGCCUCUCAUUCUCAUAUUCCUUUUCAAGCCAUCAUCAACUAAGAACCUGCCACCUGGCCCACGCCCAUGGCCCAUCAUCGGCAACAUGAUGUCCAUGUUGAGUGGGGCCCUCCAUAUCAAGCUCAUGAAGUUAGCUCGAGUCCAUGGCCCACUAAUGCUACUAAAGUUCGGCAGUAAGCCUGUGAUCAUCGUCUCAACACAAGAAUCAGCAAUGGAGGUUCUUCGGACCCAUGAUCGGGCCUUCUCGGGUCGGUCCGUCCCGCAUAGUCUACGGAUAGUAGAACAUAUCAAACACUCGCUUGUGUGGAGCGAUUGCACCGAUGAGUGGAAGAAUCUACGGCGGAUCGCAAAGACAGAGCUGUUCUCAACGAAGAUGUUGGACAUGCAUGCACGUGUUCGACAAGAGAAGGUGAGUGAGAUGGUGGAUUACAUACGUGAGAAUGAAGGUGGGCCGAUCAUGAUAACGGGGGUUGUGUUCGGGACUCUAUUGAAUAUACUGGGGCAUGGAAUCUUCUCGAAGGAUGUGUUUCAGUUUGGUGGGAAGGGUGAUGAGUUUAGGAUGCAGAAGGUGAUUAGGAAGAUGAUAGGAUUAGUGGUGGAGCCGAAUUUAGCGGAUUUUUAUCCCAUAUUGGGUGGGCUAGAUUUGCAAGGGUUGCUUAGGGAGUGUAAGACGUGUUUUGAUGAAGUGAUUGAGGUGUGGAAGGAUACGGUUAAGGAAAGGAGAGCGAAUAGGGACUCUUCAAAGCAUGAUGUCUUGGAAGUUUUACUUGACAACGAGUUCAGUGAUGCUCAAAUCAACGCCUUUUUCUUGGAAUCCUUCGGCCCAGGUUCGGAGAGCAGCAGCACAGCCGUCGAAUGGGCCAUGGCCGAACUCCUAAAACACCCAGAUAAGAUGACCAAACUCCGCGAUGAACUGAACCGCGAAGUGGGCCCCACCAACCUGACCGAGGCCCACCUUCCCAGCCUACGAUACCUCCAGGCGUGCAUCAAGGAGACCCUGCGAUUGCAUCCGGUCCUACCAUUUCUCCUCCCUCAUCGUACGGUCGAGACUUGCCAAGUGAUGGGCUACACAAUUCCAAAAAACUAUGAGACGGUGAUCAAUGCUUAUGCGAUCGGGCGGGACCCGAAUGCAUGGACGGAUCCGGAUACCUUCUGGCCCGAAAGGUUCCUGGACACCGAUGUGGAUUACUCGGGAAACCACUACCAAUUGAUACCGUUCGGUGCUGGAAGGAGGAUCUGCCCUGGGAUACCGUUGUCUAAUCGGGCCAUCCCAUUGUUAAUCGGAUCUUUGAUCCACACCUUCGAUUGGUCCCUUCCUAAUGGAAUGAAAGCCGACGAUCUAGAUAUGACGGAGAAGAUGAGCCUUACACUUGUCAUUAAUCCGUCCCUCGUAGCAGUCCCUAAAGUAAGAGUGUGAUCAGAUGGGAAUGCUCCAUCUGAGAGUGUGUUUCAGUUUUUAAUUAGUAGAAUUGUCAGUUUGCAGAAGUGGGACCCAUGGUUUAAUAUUCUGAGCCGUUGAUAAUAUGGGCCACCACCGUGUGGUGCCCCGUGCACAACAUCUUUUGGAUUUCUUUAAUCUUAGUGGGUCCCAUAUGUGGGUCUUAGGAGUUGUUUUGCUUUUCCUUCGUGUUGUGUUAGUUUGUUGUUGUAUUCUAGGAGUAAUGGUAAUUAUCAAUGCAUAGAGAAGGCCUGGAUAAUAAAUAAAUUUCCUUUAAAU